AUGAUAAACGAAUUGCGUUAUUGGAAGGGCCUCAUUACAGUGAUCAUCACACCGCGCCAGCAAAGAUGGCUGGACCAAUUUGCGAGUAAGGGAAUUGCGGUUGAUGACACCCAUAAUGUGACGAAGUAUGCAUUGAAGCUCGCAACAGUUAUGGUGGUUGACGAUCACGACCGUGGACUUCCUGCAGCAUUUUUGUUGUCGGGUGAGAUGACAUCGAAGGAAGUGAAAAUUCUUUUUGAUGAAAUAAAGAAAAUCGUCCCAAAUUUUACUCCAAAAUCACUAGUCUCCGAUGAAGCCCUCGCGUUCUACAAUGGCUUCAAAUCUUCCUUCCCAGAUCGGGAGGUAGAUCACUUCUUGUGUAGAUUCCAUAUUCUUCAAUCUUGGAAACGAAAGACCAAGGAGUAUGUGAAGGAACCUACUAAGAAUCAGCGACGAGGCGACGUUCCACGCAAGGCUUGGGGAGGGGAAGAGAAAAUAAAGAAGUGGGCAGCAUUUCGCCGACAAGGUGUUGUGAUGAGCACUUCUAUGUACACGGAAAGAUGGCAUCUACGACUGAAGCAAGAGAAGUUGAAGAGGAAAGCGAAUUCAAGAGUCGAUUACGUGGUGGACACACUGAUAAAGGCUGUGGAAGAACUGGCGACGGACUUUGAAAUAAGGGAUCGCAGACAACUUGUUUCGUCAUACCGGAUGAGAGAGAACAACAUACAACACAAGCUCGCCGUCAGGUUUUACAAGGAGAAUACUGAUAAAAUUCACAAAGUAGGGGACUUGGCGUGGAAUGUGGACAGCGCAACAUCGGAGACAGUGUAUCGCGUCGAAUUCGAUGGGCACUGCACGAACACCCACUGUUCCCGAUGUCACGUGUGUCCGUACUCCUUUACUUGUUCUUGCCUAAGUGGAGCGCUCGCAGGAGUAGCAUGUCUGCACGGUCACGCAGUGAAGUUUUACGGACAGGAAGGAAUUGUGCAAGAAGUACGGGAAGAAAUUGUGCAGGAAAGACAGGAAGAAAUUUUGCGAGAGUCAACUUUCAUUGAGCUGCAACCGGAACCGCGAGAAGUUGUAAUGGUUCACUCAGAAAGGGAUAUAGGAUCUAUCCGUGAUAUACGUGGAGAACUGCAUGCGCUUCGUGACGAUAUAGCAAAGAGCUAUACCGUGAUCCAUGCCAAGGUAAAUGCUCUGGUUAGGCAAGAAGAUGAGGACGCCUUAGGCACUCUAAAAGCACUCGCUGAAAGAUUGCGAGUGAUUGCCGGCGACAUAGAUGUUCCCCUUGAAGGUGCUGGUAUUAUUUCUAGUCCUGACGUACCUGCCCACGGACAACCGAAAAUGCAAAGAUCCGAGCUUUAUUCGAGAGCUCGAAUUCGAAAAGAAAUGCGGAGGAAAACGCAAUCCGUGGAGGAUAUAAGAGUGGAUCCAGAAGAAAUUUUAUUCUGUUCGAUUUGUUUCGAAGAGGACCCCGCUCUUCCAGAAGACAUGGACCCGGAGGAGCCAGAUGCCAGAGAAACACAGUGGAUGCGAUGCACGCAAUGCCGCGUUUGGGCCCACGCAGUGUGUGCGCGAGGUGUGCAACAGCGAAACUGUAGGGCUUGCAAGAAGGGAAUGUACAGUAUCUAUGUUUAG